UGGAAGCAAGGCACGAAAAAAACGGGUCUUCGUCGGCAUCAAAGUAGAGCUGUGAACGGUUUUCGACCAAGCCGUGGAUCAUCCGUGCUUAUUUUAAUCUGCGUCAAACAAAACCUGAAUGAGGAGGCUUUUAGCUCCUCCCGUGUUUCAGUGUGAUUUUUUUUAUUUCGGCUGUUCAGAUUCAUAGGUCAAACAAAGCGGACCGUUGUAUCAGUUUAGCUAGUUUUAGCCUUUUUACUCCGUUAUUAAGCGGACACUUUUUGGACCCAAUGUCUCUCUGAAUCCACGGAAACGUUCGUAAAGCGUCAUCUUAAGAUGAAUCUGCAGUUUGUUUUUAUAGCGGUUUUAUCUGCGGUCCUCGGUGGCAGCUGGGCCCAGCAAGAUGUGAGCGCUUGCACCAAGGCCAACGCGCAGUCGUGCGGGGAGUGCAUCCAGGUCUCGGAGACGUGCGGGUGGUGCUCCGACGAGAAGUUCCUGUCUGUGGGUGAGCCCAAGUCGGCUCGCUGUGACGAUCUGAAGCGUCUGAAGGAAAGAAAAUGUGACGAGAAAAAAAUCGAGAACCCACGUGGACGGGUUGUCGUUAAUAAAGACACACCAGUCACCGUUCGAGGGAACGAGAAGCUGACGCCUGAGCAGAUCACCCAGAUCCAGCCUCAGAAACUCACCCUGCAUCUCAGAUCUGGUGAGCCGCAGACCUUUAAGCUGAAGUUCAAGCGUGCUGAGGACUACCCCAUAGAUCUGUACUACCUCAUGGACCUUUCCUUCUCCAUGAAAGACGAUUUGGAAAACGUUAAGAACCUCGGUACUGAUCUCAUGAGAGAAAUGCAGGAAAUCACCUCAGACUUCAAGAUUGGUUUCGGCUCCUUCGUCGAGAAGACGGUCAUGCCGUACAUCAGCACCACCCCGGCCAAGCUGCUGAACCCCUGCUCGGGCAACGAGAACUGCACCAGCCCCUUCAGCUACAAGAACGUCCUGAAACUGACAAACAAAGGAGACGACUUCAACCGGCUGGUCAGUCAGCAGCAGAUCUCAGGAAACCUGGACUCUCCAGAGGGGGGGUUUGACGCCAUCAUGCAGGUGGCGGUGUGUGAGGAGCAAAUCGGAUGGAGGAACGUGACCCGUCUGCUCGUGUUUUCCACCGACGCUGGUUUUCACUUCGCUGGAGACGGCAAACUGGGAGGCAUUGUCCUGCCCAACGAUGGGAAGUGUCACCUGGAGAACAACAUGUACACGAUGAGCCACUACUAUGAUUACCCAUCCAUUGCUCAUCUGGUUCAGAAACUGAGUGACCACAACAUCCAGACGAUCUUCGCUGUAACCGAGGAGUUCCAGCCUGUUUACCAGGAGUUGAAAAAUCUUAUUCCCAAGUCAGCUGUCGGCACUUUGUCCUCCAACUCCAGCAACGUGAUCAAACUCAUCAUCGACGCCUACAACUCGUUGUCGUCUGAGGUCAUCCUGGAGAACAGCAAGCUGCCAGAAGGCGUGUCUCUCUCCUACAAGUCCAUCUGUAAGAACAACGUGGUGGGAACGAGCGAGAACGGCAGGAAGUGCUCCAACAUCUCCAUCGGAGACGAGGUCCAUUUUGAGAUUUCAGUCCAGUCCCUGAAGUGUCCCUCUCAUGGAAAACCUGAGACCAUUACAAUAAAACUUCUGGGCUUCACCGAGGAGGUGGAGGUGGUUCUGAAUUUCAUCUGCGACUGUCAGUGUGCUGCGGCAGGAGUACCCAACAGCCCUGCAUGCGACGGAGGCAGCGGGACGUUGGAGUGUGGGGCCUGCAAGUGUAACGAUGGACGCAUCGGGCAAUUCUGCGAAUGCAGCAAGGACGAUGUCCGAACGGACGACAUGGACGCAAACUGUCGAAAAGACAACGGCACGGACAUCUGCAGCAACAACGGGGAGUGCGUCUGCGGUACCUGCAUCUGCAAGAAGCGUGAGAACCCUGCAGAGGUUUACAGUGGCCAGUUCUGCGAGUGUGACAACUUCAACUGUGACCGCUCCAGCAACAAGCUCUGUGGAGGACAUGGGCGCUGCGAGUGUAGGGUGUGCGUCUGUGACAACAACUACACGGGCAGCGCCUGCGACUGCUCCAUGGAUAACUCCACCUGCAUCGCCAAGAACGGGCAGAUCUGUAACGGCCGUGGGAACUGCGAGUGCGGGAUCUGCAAGUGCACCGACACGAAGUUUCAGGGUCCGACCUGCGAGGUGUGUCCUACCUGCCCAGGUGUCUGCGCAGAGCACAAGGACUGUGUUCAGUGUCUGGCCUUCAACACCGGUGAGAAGAAGGAGUCGUGCAAACAGGAGUGCAAGAACUUCAAUCUGAUCAAAGUGUCUGAGAGGGAGAGCCUGCCGCAGCCCACCGAUGACCCUCCUCGAGCCAUUUGCAAAGAAAGGGACGAAAACGACUGCUGGUUCUACUUCACCUAUUCCAUCAGGGAUGACGUCAAGGAGGUCCAUGUGUUGAAUAAGCUAGAGUGCCCGGCCGGACCUAACAUCAUCCCCAUCGUGGUCGGAGUCGUGGCAGGCAUUGUGAUGAUCGGCCUCGCCCUGCUGCUCAUCUGGAAGCUGCUCAUGAUCAUCCACGACCGCAGAGAGUUCGCCAAGUUCGAGAAGGAGAAGAUGAAUGCUAUCUGGGACACGGGCGAGAAUCCAAUCUACAAAAGCGCCGUAACGACUGUCGUCAACCCAAAAUACGAGGGCAAAUGAUGGAGCAUGGCUCUCUUUGUGACAACACUGUAUGGAGAAGAAA